AUGCCGCUAAAGAGAAAGGCCAGCCAGGACAAUAUCGCCGAGACGAAGGUAGAGACUCGUAGCGCGCGUCGUCGCAAGAUCAAAGAGACAGGACAUUUACCCCCAGACCCCCUAUUAAGCGCUUUGCCCUGGGAUUGUGCAAGUUUGAUCUUUGACUACCUGGAGUUACCAGACUUGGCUCGCUGCGAGCAGGUGUCCCAGGGCUGGAAGACCUUUGUGCAGCGCUGGAUGGUUGCCAGGGGGCACUACCUGCAUCUCCCAGAGUCAUUGAGACCCGACUUUGGGGCAGCAAAGACGAUGGAACGGCAAGUUGCGAUGGUGAAGCGAAAUGUUGUGCACCUUCAGAAAUAUAACAAAAUCGCAUCCGGCCGGGCUUCGAGUGUGCGAAUCAUUCAAAACGCCCAGUCCUUGGAGGUUAAUGGAGACUUUGCAGCCUGGGUAGUGCGACAUAGGCUCUAUGGGCAGCGUCUUGGGUUCCAAGCUGAUGGCUCGCCGUAUCGAACUCGAUAUUGGGACCUUUCCUGCAACUGCAAUAUAUCUGGAAACACCAUUGUGCACGUCAGCCCGGGGGGCUACGUUGUUGUUCGAGUGUCCAAUCACUCGGGCUAUUUGGACAGAAUCGUCUCGAUAUCAACUGGAACGCAUUUGUGGCGCCGCGCAAGCGAGGCAGGGGUGCCAUUCACCGACUGGCCUGAGAUCCGGGGCAUUGGAGCAACGAGGCUCUACUCUGUCCAGAGGGAAGAAGGGUCGAUGCAUCAGGCCUAUCUCCUAGUCCACGAGCUGGCGACUGGUACCCUCCUUUACAGAUCGCACGUCAGGGACUACCACCGGAUCCGGGAGCCCUCUAAUAGCUUCUGUGUCCGUCGGAUUGGGAAUCGGGAAGUUUUGGUCGUCUUUAGUGUUCCGCCAACUGAGACAUCGCCAGAGUCGCCAAAUCAUGUACACCCUGGCCAGAAGAAGCUGGAGGGAUUCCUGGUCAUCAACCCCGAGGACGGCAGCACACUGCAGAGGUUCGACGCCCCUUUUUGUCAAGACAAGCACCGCUGGGUGUCCCAGCACUACGUGGAGUCACGGAUCGUGCCCUGGACCGAGAGUGAAGGGGUCUUUGCGGUUUCUGCCGGCAUAUGA